GUUUGUAGGGGAUUUAAUCUUUCGGGGCCAUGCAAGGGGUACCGUUGUUAUCGAAUCUCAAACACUGUAAUUCAUCUAAGAUAAGAAAAUAUUUACCCAUAGUUUAAAUAUACAGUCUAUGUGGAGUUCGGUAGACGGUGAUAUUUUUUUCCAACAAAAGGCAUUUAAAAAGGAUACAGGAUAUAAUCACCUUUGGGAUUAACGGGUGUCGUGCGAUUCACUUGACACGGUGGACGAUUAACUGUUAGGUGUAGGAGUAAAAAGGUCUAGCAACACUCAACACUGCCCGUGUCUGAACCAUGUACGGCGAUCAACCUACGUACUGCGAGCCCACCCCGACAGUCGUGGCCCCACCUAGGCCCGCCUCCGCCCAGAACUUCACCCCCGCGUACUUAUGGAGUGACUUUGAGCCGCCUGGUGUUCGCAGAGAAAGGACAACAUAUGGAAACAUGAACGAUUGGAUGAAAGUUUCCCGGAAUGGGGUUCCUGUCACAAUGUCAGAUAAUAACUGGCAUAAUUUAAAAAAGAGCGAACAAAAAGAACAUGAUUUACAGUUCAAGAAAGCCUUCAGUAAUUUAACCAACAAAAUCGCCUACAGAUACCCAAACCCUGGAAAUCCAAGGCAAAGGCAAGGGAGAAUUGGAGGGAGUUGGAGACACAUAAAGGAAGUUCUAGGGCACGGAGGAAGUCGAGUUGUCUAUGUUGAUGGUCUGAUUAGUGUUUACGAUUCAGAAAAUUUCAACCAGGCGUUGACAUCACAAGUACCGAUGAUGCCACACAUUAAAAACAAAGUAUCACCUGAGACGAAGCCGGUCGGCGAAUCCGUCAACUACCCCCCAGUUCAGCCCGCCUCCCCAUCCUAUCAGGGAGGAGAUGUCGCCAGGAAAAUGGGACUGAAUGUGUCUCCUAAAUAUAAGGGAUUCUACCGCUAUGGUGCCAAUUGAUAUCGUCACUUCCGGUCUCCGUUUUAAGAAUGGAGAAUUUAUACCAGAACCAUUCAGUAUUUCUGACUUUUAUUUUUGCUCACAUUUACGUGUUUAUUAAAAUUAUACUUGUUUUGUUUAAAAUUUUUCUCAGUUUAUUUAUAUUUUAAUGUAUUGUUCAUAUAUGUUCAAUAAAAAGUCAUGUGAUGAUUUAACAAA